GCAGCAGCAGCAAUUCAAUUUUGCUUUUCCCCUCUAGGUCUAACUUAAAAAGGAAACCAACCUCUCUCUGGUGCAGAGCUGCGGAGCUUCACGCCCGUUAAUUCACCCCAAAACCGUUUUCCCUCAUUUGAUUGCAACUAGCAUCUCUGUCUAUUGUUAUUAUUACUGUUAUUAUUGUUAAUACUGACCUUCUCUGUUUUGUUUAAAAAGCUCUCGUGUCCCUCUCAAGUAUUCCUCUUCACACUCUCUCACAAACACAAAUAUAUUUAGGUUUGACGAACGUCUCGUGUUCCUGCGCGCGAGCGCCAUCGCGGAUCUGAAAAAGAAACGUUCAUCAAAUUUAUUUCCAUAUAGUACUGUUUUCCCGAACACGUGAAGACAGAAGGGAGACCACACACACUCGACAGACGAAGCAGAGAAGAAGAGCAGCCUGCACCUCGCUUGGGUGCUUUAUUGGGGUUCAAAAGGCGUUGGUUAUCUCCCUUAAGAGGCGUUCUCCCUUUUCGAUAUAUCUCUACACCUUAUUCUUAUUGUUAUCGCGCCCAGCUCUCCCGCCCUCUUGCAUCAUGUCUAGCGGCAACGGUGAUGCGAUGAUCGGCCGCGUGUGCCGCAACUUUCCGGACACGUUCGCAAAAGACGAGGCGACGGCCCGUGAGCAGAACAAGAAGUAUUGGAUUAGCCGCGUUCUGGGCUCUGGUGCCACCGGCACGGUCCUGUGCGCCAAGCGCGUCUCCGACGGCGAGGGUUUUGCGGUGAAGUGUGUCGACAUGGAGGGCAUGUCAGAGGCGGACAAGAACCGUGCGCAGGCGGAGGUGGACUGCUUGCUCAACUGCGAUUACUUCUCCAUUUUAAAGUGCCACGAAGACCUUGCCAAGCGGGACCCCAACAACCCGGAGAACGUGCAGAUGAUUUCCCUCGUGCUGGACUACGCCAACGCGGGUGACCUGCGGCAGGAAAUCAAGAGCCGCGCCCGGUCGGGCCGCACGUUCCGCGAGCACGAAGCUGGUCUGCUCUUUUUGCAGGUGCUGCUCGCUGUGCACCACGUCCACUCCAAGCACAUGAUUCACCGCGAUAUCAAGAGCGCCAACAUUCUACUGUGCAGCAACGGCCUCGUGAAGCUGGGCGACUUCGGCUUCAGCAAGAUGUAUGCAAACACCGUCAGCGACGACGUCGGCCGCACCUUCUGCGGCACCCCGUACUACGUAGCCCCGGAGAUCUGGCGCCGCCGCCCCUACAGCAAGAAGGCGGACAUGUUCUCCCUCGGUGUGCUGCUGUACGAGCUGCUGACGCUGAAGCGGCCCUUCGACGGUGCAAAUAUGCACGAGGUGAUGCACAAGACGCUGGCGGGCCGUUUUGACCCUCUGCCGAGCAACAUUAGCCCCGAGAUGCGCGACAUUGUGGCGGCCCUCCUCAGCGGGGACCCGGUGCGCCGCCCGUCCAGCAGCCGGCUGCUUAACAUGCCCAUCUGCAAGCUCUUCCUCUCCGGCCUGCUGGAGAUCGUGCAGACGCAGCCUGCCUUCCAGGGCGGCCUGCGCGAGUCGAUUUCAAACCAAAUCCAGGAGACGAAGCGGAUGCUCGCGACGGAGAAGCGACAGAUUCAGCGUGCACUGGAAGAAAGCGCCGGCACGUCGGUGGCGGCCUCGACGACGAUUCUCGAAGGCGCCACCCCGCUGUCCGAGACCAUCGGCGGACUCACGAUUCACGAGGGCACCGUGAAGAAGCAGAGCAGCGAUAUGGUGUGGAAGAAGCGCUACUUGUGCAUCCGCGCCGAGCUGGCGGACGGGCACACCGUGCUGGACAUCAAUCCGAAAUUCAAAUCCCUUGACAUGGUGCUGGCGAUCUCGAAGGAGACGAUGGAGCAGCAAUGCAUCUCCACCCCGUUCACAGAGUUGGAGGACGCCUUUCCGGUGCCAGCCAAGUACACGGGCUGCAACGCCAACUUUGUCUUCGCCGUGGCCUUCAAGACGGGCAAGCGGCUGUCCUUUCAAACAAAGAGUGAGGUGGAGCGGGACUUGUGGAUGGAGAAGAUCCAGGAAGUGCUCGGCAUCGGCGACGGCGAUGAUGAGUUGAUCGUCGCAGGUAUCAAGGAGUAG